AGCGCAGUGAGCCUUGAACAGGUAGUUUUGACAGGUUCUAGUUCUAAGAAUAUUAACAAGAGGGAGGUUACAAAACCCACCUGGCCCUUGUUGAUUGCUGUAGCCUUUGUGCAAUACACAGUCUCUGCUGUGGUCAGUUUAACAUAGAGUGCUGUUGUAGAAGGAAGCACAUUGGAAGCUUGCGGUUAAUAAAAAUGUCCUGCAAAUUUAGGCUUUUGUUGGAAAAUGCAGAGCAAAUGGUCCUUGUCUGUAGGAAUGAAGAGCAAUUCCUGCUCCAGGAGGGAAUGCAGCAUUUGGCAGUACUGGAGAAAGCCAGCCUGGUGAUUGGCAAUGACGGAUUCAUAAAGGCUGUAGGAACCACACAGACGAUACGUAAUCAAUUUUCUCAAGAAGAGUUUGAAACAGUCAUUGACUGUUCUGGAAAAUGUGUUCUGCCAGGAUUUGUGGAUGCACAUACUCAUCCUGUGUGGGCUGGUGACAGAGUACAUGAGUUUGCAAUGAAACUUGCAGGUGCUACGUACAUGGAUAUUCACCAGGCUGGAGGAGGAAUCCAUUUUACAGUGGAUCAUACAGAAGCCGCUUCAGAGGAAGAUCUGUACUGCAGCUUUAAACAGCGCCUACAGCGAAUGCUCAGGGCAGGAACUACAUUAGUAGAGUGUAAAAGUGGAUAUGGCCUGAAGCUGGAGACCGAAUUGAAGAUGCUAAGAGUGAUCGAGCGUGCUCACAGGGAAUUGGACAUUGGCAUUUCCUCUACAUACUGUGGUGCUCAUUCAGUGCCAAAAGGUAAAACUGCAGAAACGGCAGCCAAGGACAUAAUUGAAAAUCAUCUCCCUGCCCUCAAGCAAUUGGCUCUAAAUGAAGAAAUUCACGUGGACAACAUUGAUGUCUUCUGUGAAAAAGGAGUGUUUGACCUUGAAUCAACGAGGAGAAUCCUUCAGGCUGGGAAAGCUAUAGGACUACAUUUGAAUUUUCAUGGGGAUGAACUCAACCCUAUGAAUUCUGCAGAGCUGGGUGCAGAAUUGGGAGCACAUGCUGUGAGUCACCUAGAAGAAAUAAGUGAUGCAGGAAUCACUGCUAUGGCUGCAGCCAAGUGUUCUGCUAUUUUGUUGCCAACAACUGCCUACAUUCUAAGACUCAAACAACCUCGAGCUAGAGACAUGCUCAGUGCUGGGGUCAUUGUAUCUCUUGGAAGCGACUUUAAUCCCAAUGCAUACUGCUUCUCCAUGCCUAUGGUGAUGCAUCUGGCUUGUGUCAAUAUGAGAAUGUCUCUGAAAGAAGCCCUUGCUGCUUCGACAAUUAAUGCUGCAUACUCCCUGGGAAGAUCUCAUACACAUGGUUCUCUUGAGGUUGGAAAACAAGGCGAUGUUGUUGUUAUAAAUGCCCCAAGGUGGGAACAUCUGAUUUAUCAGUUUGGAGGCCAUCAGGAGUUAAUUGAAUAUGUGGCCAUAAAAGGCAAAAUUGUCUACAAAAAUGAAAGCGUUCUUGGCUUGUAAGGAUUGAAUCUAG